AUGAAGAUAGACAAGGUUUUAGCCAUGAAUGGUGGGCAAGGAGAAGGCAGCUAUGCACAAAAUUCAUUGCAUCAAAGCGAAUGUCUCCAUUUCCUACAACCAUUUUUGAAAGAAUGCAUUUCCAACAUGAAGAUUACUCCAGUUGAAAGAUUUUGCAUAGCAGAUCUGGGGUGUUCGGCUGGACCCAAUACACUUUUCAUUGCAGAGUCAAUCUCAAAGGUAAUUCAAGAUAAAUGCAUGGUGAUGGGUUCUCCAGUACCAGAGUUGCAAGUAUUCUUCUCAGAUCUGCCCUCCAACGACUUCAAUUUGCUUUUCCAAAGCUUACCACCUCCUCCCAAGGGAGACAAGGAAGAAGAAGAGGAUGAAGAUAGCAAUGAGAAGAAUGGUUGUAGAAUUAAAACUAGAUGUAACUACUUUGUUGCAGGUGUUGCAGGUUCCUUCUACAACCGUCUUUUCCCCAAAAAUUCUCUUCACUUUGUUCACUCCUCUUUCAGUUUACACUGGCUUUCACAAGUCCCUCCAGAAAUUGAAGAUAAGAAGUUGAAAUCGUGGAAUGGUGGGAGAGUGCAUAUAUCAAAGGAAGGGCCGGUGGAAAUUGGGGAGGCAUAUCUAGGUCAAUUUAAAAAGGAUGUCCAUAAUUUUUUGAGAGCCCGUUCAGAUGAAGUGGUGAGAGGAGGUUGCAUGUUUAUAUGUAUAGGAGGGCGUCCUGAUGCUUGUGACGAUCCCAGAGACCAAGGCCCAUCUAGGUUUACUCGAGAUACUCUAAAUGCUACCCUCAAUGACAUGGUCAUACAGGGAAUGAUAAAGGAGGAGGAAAGAGACUCAUUCAACUUGCCUAUUUAUUCUCCCUCUCCAAAGGAGCUGAGAGCUCAAGUUGAGAAAGAAGGCUCAUUCAUUGUGAAAAAGAUUGAGUCUUUAUUUGGAUUGGGUUAUGAAGGAGUAAUUAACAAGGACAUAAGCAAUCGUGAGGCUUAG